AUGGAUGGCAUCAGCACUUGGCUAAACGGACCAGAAUUCAUUCUUCACGACGAAUCGUGUUGGCCUCGAUUACCUAAUGAGCCAGAAUUAGUAUACGGCGAUUCUGAAAUCAAGAAUGAUGUUGCAGUUAACGUGACGGCUUUGAAUACAGAACAUGAUUUACAUGAAAUAGAAGAUAUACGUAAAGGACAGCCUGUUAAGAAGGACAGUCGAUUAGUAACGUUAAACCCCGUAUUAGUAAACGGACUCAUCCGAAUGUAUGGAAGACAGAACAACACCGAUUAUAACACGUGUCCAGUUAUCCUCCCGCACGAUGAUCACGUGACAGAGCUUAUUAUCCGUUAUUUCCAUCAGAACAACGGUCAUGUGGGAAGUCAGCAAGUACUUGCAGAAACACGGGCAUAUUACUGGAUAUUACGUGGUCCCAGCGCUGUAAAGAAAGUUAUUGGAAGAUGUUUCGUCUGUAAACGACAACACAGUCCUCCACUUACCCAGCAGAUGGCGCCAUUGAUCAAAGAACAGACGACACCUGACAAGCCUCCAUUUACGUUUAUGGGUGUAGAUUACUUCGGUCCAUUGAUGGUGAAGUAUGGACGAUCAUGCUCGAAGAGAUAUGGUUGUCUGUUUACUUGUUUAAACACCAGAGCAGUCCACAUCGAGGUGACACACAGUCUGACAACAGAUCCAUUUACGGCGGCUUAUCAAAGAUUCUCAAGCCGGCGAGGAUAUCCGAGAAGAUCUAUAGCGACAAUGGGACAAAUUUAG